AUGCCACCAUUCGGCCUGUACCCGGUGCCGCGCCACCACAUUUACGGCGGAAGGAUCAAGCCCAAAGUCUACAACACCAAAGACUUCCAGGACCAGGACCAAAACCAGGAUCAAGACGCGCCUGCUGCUUCAGGCCGUGCCCUGCCUGCCAACGUGGACGGCACAGUCGGAAGUCGGUCUGUUACCGACGCCACCAAGAAUAUGAAAAAGGCUGCGAAGAAAGAGAAGAAGCGGCUGCCGAUGGAUGGAGACAAGAACGCAGAGCUUGAGCGCUUGCUGAAGAGAGCUGAAGCGAUGUCUGACAAAGAUGGUCGCUCGAAGAAAAAGGACAAGAAGAAGCACCGCCAAUCUGAUACAGGCACGCACGGUACCGCGGAUGCAUCUGAAGUUGUUUCAGCUCCACCCCGCAGGACCCAGCAAAUCCACAAGAAUGGUGCUGACCAGGGUGGCCGUUCGGAGAAGAAGCGCAAGAGGGAGAGUGAGGCACAUGCCGCGGCAGCCAAUGCUCGGCUGGUGAACGAAGAGUACCUUGCCGGCCAACAACUAGACUCUCUGUUUCGCUUUGGCUCUUCACCACCGAAACACCCACGGCAGGUUGCGCAAGGAAAGGAACAGCCGUCCAAGAAAAAGACGAAGCGCAAAAGCCAGAAUACCCAGCAGAACGCAACCGAGCAUACCCAGUCUGCACAGGUCACAGGGUCUGAUCAGCCUAGAGUGCAGAAGGCGAAACGCAAGACCCAUAUUGCGUUCCCAGGCUCCCCACAAGCAGCAGAUGAGCAUAACCUGGUGCCGCGUGAUUGGAUCGAUGGCUCCGACGAGCUGAAGGUGAAAGAGAAUAAGGAGAAACAAAUCAAUGGAGGUCUGGCCAGCGAUCCCACCACCCCUAGCCUGAUUCCCAUCCGGAUCCCCAGACAAACACCUAUUCCACUCCCUCAGCUCUUCCAGGAACCUACGACCAAGCCCACCGGUACCAAAACUCAUAAGAAUAACGAAGAGGAUCUUCCGCACUCAAAAGUGCUUGUACCGGAGACACCACCGUCCAAGACCCCAAAGAGGACGCCCGUGCCCCUCUCGCCCAACCUGAAGUUGAGAAAUGACACAGUAGCCACGGAGUACAAGCCUUCAAAGACGUAUCGUCGAACUGUCCUCGGUUCUUCUCCAACACCUAAUAGCGAUUUUCCGGUUCCUUCAACUGCACCUGCAGCUGUUGAGCCAUCUCAGGUGGUGUCCGAGCUACCUUCUGUGCCGAACGCGCUCACUGAUGCGAAUCUGCGAAGCUUCAAGAAACCCUUGAUUGAUGGAACCAAGCCGAGACCUCGUACCAGAACAGGUGCUUCUACUAUAACUUCUGUCCGCACAUCGUCCGCCUCAAUGAGCAUUCUAGAAGCCUUCGCUCGAGUUGGAAAGCCGUAUGUACGCUCGGCCGCUGAGAAAGACCCCUUUGUCACUACCAAUGACAGACUCGAGACCUUGCACGAAGAUCGUGAAGAAGUCCCUCUUGAUGUCUUCACUGCUAGAUACCGCGAAGUAACAAAUUUUGUCAACUUCGACCAGGAAGAUCAAUACCUCGAGGAGCACUUGGAAUGGGAUGCCAAACAUAAUGGAGAUCCCGCACCGUGCUUGCACAAGAUGACAGGAUGUUCGGCCAAGAAGGAGGAGCUUCUUCGACUGAGCAAGGAGGAAAACAUGGAAGUUCUCGGUCAGCUUGAUUACUCCGGAGACGACAAGGCGAAGCUACAAGAAGCUAGCAAUCACGCUCAGCGGGCCGAAGACCUGCUCAUGCUCGCUACAAGAGCCCACAUACCCGUACCUAUUGGCUGUGUUGAGGGUAGGUGGACCUUGUAUUGUCCCAAGUAUGCCGAGACACAUUUUGACAGGUACGGUUAUGGCCAGCGCAGUCUCACCAUAUCAUCCAUUGCGGGCUUCAAGCACAAAAACAAUUUCACUGCUCGUAUGCAGCUCCCUCCUCGCACCAUGGCUUUCAGCAUUCUGGCUUUCCAAACCCCUCCACAUGCAUCGUUCCGUACGACUACCAUCAAAACAGCUUCGGAAGGGUACACCAUGGAUAUUAUAUUCUUGGGUAACGGUUUCCUGCAUCUGCGAGCUGACUUGGGACGGCUACUAACAGGCACCAUUCGCAAGCCACACGAGCACAGCCACGCGAUGGAGUUCAUUGGUGUACAUGACAGGGCAACGCAAUGGUGGGCGGAGAAGAAGGAGGAGGUCGAAGAGGAGGGUGGCAAGCCGUUCGCCAAGUACGAUGGACAGGCAGUUAGAGAGUGA